AUGAAGGGAAAAAAUAAAUUUAUAAUAUCUAUUAAAAUUAUUCGCAUAUUAUCUAAAUAUUUUUUUAACAUAUUCAAUACUGAUAAUACUUUUAUUACAAGAAAAGAACGCUUACUGGCUAAAAAUAUAUUCCAAGGAAAAUAUAAACAAGAAGCUUUAAAAGUUAAUUUAAAACUUUUUAACCCAAAAUAUACUAUAAACAAUGGUUCGCAUAAAAUAGUCUCUAUAUAUAAUGAUAUGGAAUUACUGGAUGAUUGUGUUAAUGGAUUAUUAAUAGAUAAACCUGAAAAGUUUAAUAAACAUGUAGUAAAAACAGAAAUAUCGAAUAAAACAUUAGAAAGAGCCAUAUUUAAUGAUUACCCUAAAUUGCAUGCUAUUCCAUUAAGUAAUAAUAUUGCUUCCAUAUUGUGUGAUUAUACUGGGAAAAGAAUAAAAGAGAUUGCUCUUGAAUCCACAAAUAAUUCUUUAGUUAUUAUUUUAACACAUAAAUGCAAUUCAAAUCUGUACGGUAAAUAUACAGAGUUAAAUAAUGUAGCAUUUCUUACUAUAAUGGUUAUAUGUUUGUCACAAAUAUUAUAUAUUAUCGGGAAAUUUGAUUUCUUAGAUAAAAAUAAAACACCUGAAAUGAGAGAAAAAGAAUUAGCCAAGGAAAAAAAAUUGGAAAUUAAGAAAAAGAGAGAGAAAGAUAUGCUAAAAUAUAAAGAAAUACUAAAAAAGGAUGGAAUAAAAGAUUUGGACACUUAUAUGAAGUACUAUAAGCAAAGAUAUUAUAGUAAGAGAGGAAUAGGAAAAUUUGACAGUUACUGUGAAAAAUAUAUAUUCGAUAAAAUUGAUAAAAUAGAUAAAAUUGCAAGAAAUGCCAAUGGAGAAAAUACGAUUUUAAAAAAAGAAAUGUGUAAAAAAUAUAUAUUAUAUGGUAUUCUACUUUGUCUAUUUGAAUUAACUGGAAUGAUUUUUGCAGUUUUUGAUAGGAUUAUGGGGAAUAGUAAAACUGGUCAUAGUAUUUUGAGAGUUAUGGAAUUACCAGAUCCAGUUUUAAAUACUUAUUCUACCUUUUUUAUAUCACUUUCUUUUGCAAUUUUAGUAUCCAUAAUUUACAUAAUGAUUAAGGUUGUUAAACAUGAUCGUUUAAAAGCAAGGAAACAUAAUAUGAAUUUAAAGGAAUAUUGUACUUUUUGCAAAGAAGUGUUAACUAAAUAA